AUGAACAUCAAUCUUUGGCUGGCGACACCGGAGCAGCAUGCGGCCCCAUUAGUGGAGAAGGCGACACCAUUAGCGCUCCAACCGGAACCUACACCCCAAACAGGACCUGUACCCCAGGCGGUCCAAAUGGAAGCACCUUCAACGGUGACAACCACCCAUAGCGACAACAACAGCGGCGAUGAAAUCCAGUGUUCAAAUAACGUAGAAUGGCUUGCUCAACAUUUCCUGGGAGAUGAGUUUGAAAACAGAGGUGGUGCUCUAACGACCACUGAGAAGAUGAGAAUUUUUCUUCGUUAUGUCGGCGACCCGGGAUUUCAAAGUGGCGUAGGUGAGGACAUUGGGGUGCACCAAUCAACGGUAUCAUUAACAGUUUCAUCAGUAAUAGAUGCUAUAAUACGAAAAUCAAAUAUAUGGAUACAGUUUCCGUCAACUACUGAAGCGUUAGAGCAAGAGAAACAUAAAUGGCAAGAAAAGUAUAAUUUUCCUUCUGCUAUCGGUGCGAUAGACUGCACUCACAUUCCUAUCAUUAAACCGGCUGUACACGGAGAUGAGUAUGUCAACAGAAAGGGGUUCUGCAGUCUAAACGUUCAGGCAACGUGCAACGUCCGAGAGGAGUUUACAAGUGUCGAUGCGUCUUGGCCAGGAGCCGUUCAUGACUCACGCAUAUGGAGAAAUUCUGCCAUUUUUAAUAUCAUGCGGUGGAAUACAGCUAGUGCACUUCUUCUUGGAGAUUCAGGUUAUGGACUUACCCCGUGGCUUAUGACUCCAUACAGAGACCCUGUCACUCCUGAGCAAAUUACAUAUAAUAGAUGUUUUACUCGAGAACGUGUUAUAAUAGAAAGGUGUUUUGGCCAAGUUAAACAGCGCUUUCCUAUAUUGCAAAACAAAAUUCGAGUAAAUACAGGAAAAGUUCCGUCUCUUGUAUUAAGCUGCUUUAUUUUGCAUAAUAUUGCAAAACACCUCAACGAUGAAGAUUUUGAAAUUUUUGAAGAUGCCAACAAUAAUGGUGAUGAUUUACAGAUCAAUGUAGAUUAUGGUGAGGCAGUUGUGCGUCAGAGAGGACAACUGAGAAGAGAUGCAAUAGCAAGAAUAAUUCACGGUUAA